GGCGCCUUCCCACGAAGAAGACGAAGAUCGAGAGCUCGCGACUCGAGCCUGAGCAUGGAGGUCGUCCCUCGCAAAAGCGACGUAGACGACGACCGCAACAGCGACGGCGACGGCCAUAGCAAUGGCAAAAAGAUGGGGACGCUUCUCGAGAAUUUCAUGAGAAGCCAGCGGACCUCGUUCAAGUCCCUCUUCCUCCGCAAGAAAUCGGGCGCCGAAGACGACGCCGAUUCCCCCAGACCCCUCCCCUUUCUCUCUCCCAUCGCCAACUCCGUCGUGUCUCGCUGUUCCAAGAUCCUUAAAGUUUCCACUGAAGAACUGUGUCAUCAUUUUGAUGAAGAGAUACCUGAAAGUGCUAGGCAACCUUCACUCUACAGUAGGAAUUUUGUAGAGUUUUGCUCAUACAAGGCAAUGAAUGUGGCAACAAAAGCUCCUGAUUAUUUGGGUGACAAGGAGUUCCGCCACUUGACAUUUGAUAUGAUGCUUGCCUGGGAGUCCCCGGAUGUGGCGAGUGAAGAAACAACUACUUGCAAAGAAGCAGAAGAUGGUGAUGGAUGGUCACUCUUUUAUGCUGCCUCAACUACUAUGGCUGUUCAGGUUGAAAACAAGAAAACUGCUGGGAUCGAUGCAUUUGCACGAAUCGCUCCAGCUUGUUCUGCCAUUGCAGAUGUAAUAACCGUCAAGAAUCUUUUUUAUGCUCUCACAGGCUCCUCGUGCAACCGGCUUCAUUUUCUUUUGUAUGACAAGUACCUUCGAAGUCUCGAUAAAGUGAUUAAGGCUGCAAAGAAUGUUUCGGGACCAACAUUUUCUAAUUUCCAGCUUGCUGAAGGAGAGAUUAUUCUUGACAUAGAUGGCACUGUUCCUCUGCAACCUGUAUUGCAGCACAUUGGUAUCUCAGCUUGGCCUGGUCGUUUGACAUUGACCAACUAUGCUCUCUAUUUUGAAUCGUUGGGAGUUGGGGUAUAUGACAACGCUGUUAGAUAUGAUCUGGCAACUGACAUGAAGCAGGUCAUAAAGCCUGAAUUAACUGGACCAUUGGGCGCUCGUCUCUUUGAUAGAGCUGUGAUGUACAAGUCAGCCUCUGUAGUGGAGCCUGUUUACAUGGAAUUUCCUGAACUGAAAGGAAGCUCCCGCCGGGAUUAUUGGUUGGACAUAUGCUUCGAGGUUCUACGUGCACAUAGAUUUGCCAGGAAGAACAAUUUUCGAGAGAUACAGCGAGCAGAAACAAUUGCGAGGGCUAUUUUAGGCAUCUUCCGAUACCGUGCUAUUAAGGAAGCUUUUAGUAUAUUUCCAUCCAAUUACAAAACGAUACUUCCAUAUAAUUUGGCUGAAAGUCUUCCAGGGGGAGAUGUAAUCUUGGAAACAUUGGCCAUUCACUUGGAACUUGUAAAAGUUGAUGCUCCUUGUCAUGAUGACUCCGGAAGUCCCUUCACAAAACAGAAGAAAAUUCUUUCCCCUGUGUCCGUCAUGGCACUUGAUCGACUCGGGUUAACUUUACUAAAACAGAUAAAACUGGAUAUUGAUUUAGUUGCUGUAGGAGAUGUUUGUGUUGCUGAAAUCAAUCCCUUGGAGACAGCUCUGAAGAACUCGAUAUUGGAUACUGGAAGGGCUGAAGCUGCUCAGGCAACUGUAGACCAAGUCAAAGUGGAGGGCAUCGACACAAAUGUUGCUGUGAUGAAGGAACUACUGUUCCCAGUUAUCGCAUUGGCUAGCCAUCUUCAGAGUUUGGCAUCAUGGGAAGACGCUCUCAAGUCAAUUGUAUUUCUCGUGUUAGUUUGCUAUACGAUACACAGGGGAUGGAUUCAGUAUGUGUUUCCAGUUUUUUUGGUAUCACUUGCCCUUGUCAUGCUGUGGAGAAGGUACUUUAACAGGGGAAAGCCAUUAGAAGCUUUCAGAGUUAGACCUCCUCCAAGUCGUAACACUGUUGAGCAGCUAUUGACAUUACAAGAUGCAGUCAGCCAGGUUGAGGCACUUAUCCAAGCUGCAAAUAUUGUUCUUUUGAAGAUAAGAGCACUCUUAUUUGCUGUAAUUCCGCAGGCCACGGACAGGGUUGCCCUAUUGUUGAUCAUCAUGGCUGUGGUUUUUGCCUUUGUGCCCCCGAGGUACUUGAUUCUGUUAGCCUUUCUUGAAGUUUUCACGCGGGAGAUGCCGUUAAGGAAAGAAAGCACCAACAGGUGGAUAAGGCGAAUGAGAGAAUGGUGGAUCAGAAUACCCGCAGCCCCCGUUCAGCUUAUUAAGACCGAUGACAAGAAGAACAAAUGACUGUGCUUUCUACCUUCUAGUGGCUUCCUGGUGUACAUAAUAAUCCUGAACGAUGGACUUGUCAUUCACCUGCAGCUCAAUUUUUUUGGUCGGAGCGCAGGCUUUGUCGACACUUAAGAUGCUGACAAUAGUUUUAGCAAUUUGAUCCUUUUUCCAAAUGACGAUUACCAUUUCUCA